UCUUGGCCUUCGUGAAUAGUGAUAUUAAUGCAGAGGUAUUCCGUGUUAACUUUUUAGAUGGGGGUUUCAUUUAUUUAUAUUAUUAGACAUUUGUAGAUUUAAAGGGCGAGGUGAACUUGUAUAAGCAACACAAGGACACGGAAAUAUACCUUCCCGCUUAUCUGACACAGAGGGAUACGUGAUUUGGGAGACACAUGGACGAGGAUCAUCUUACCUUCAUAGGGACGCCACUUACCUAACACUGUGUGCUGUCAUACCGGCAGAGCAACGCCUAUUGUCGCUCAUGUAACAUCACCGGACCAGCAAAGUUAAACAGUUUUUGAAUAGAAAUAUUUAAAACAAAAUAACCACGUUUAAUGGGCAAUAAACACCACACUUCCAAUAUUAGUUUAAUCUAUUGGACUUUGAGCGCCGCUUGCCUCAACGCAACCUCGGUCUUGUGGACUAGGAACGCCACUUGCUUUGUCACAACCCUUUGGAAAAGGAACAUUAGCCAAGCAGCGUGAUAGUGACCAAGGCACUUUAGCAUUGAUGACUCUGACACAAGAAGCGGGCAAGGUGACCCUCGCCCGGCCAGUGCCCAUCCACGUGAGGACCGUCAAGAUGAAGAACACCGACCACUUGAUGGAUUUCAAGUCUGUGUGGCUGGACACCCACAGGAUCCUCAACAAUGCAAACCUGCCGGCGCCAGUGCCUCCUCUGACCCCUGGCACCACCAAGAAGAUGACAGAUGCUCUCAGGGCGUCGUUCGCGUCCUGGGAGAAGGAGAGAGAGAAACACAACAUCACCAAAGAUCCUAAGCAGUGGUCUGAGGACCACGUGCGCCAGUGGCUCAUGUGGGCCAUCAAGGACUUCAGCCUGGAGGGCGUGUCCGUGCACGAGUUUCAGAUGAAAGGACGUGACCUGGUGGGUAUGGGCAGAGACUCCUUCCUCGCCCGCACUCCGCCCUUCAUGGGCGAUAUACUCUGGCAACAUCUAGAGUUUCUUCAGAAAGACGUGGAGGAGGAAUCUGCCUCGCUGGCUCACGUCCCACCCACCUUCCACGAGUACGUGCCGGACUUUAACGAGUUCUUGGAGGGCUAUGGAGGUCCCCUCCCGGAGCACCGCCUCAACCCAGUCCUUACCACCUCCUCUUCGUCGUCCUCGUCGUCCAACACACAUGGGCCUCCGCCGCCGCCUUCUUCAGUGCCUUCUUCCCUCCCGCCCCAGGCUACGGUGCCCUCCACCGCGUCAUCGUCGUCAGGAACGACCACGUCGCCCUCUAAUACGGCGUCAAGCACGCCUCAUCCGCCCCCAACACAGUCGCUGCAGUACUUAGACGACAACAGAAGAAGGGUGUGGAGCAGGAACGGUGGCUACCAUAGCGUGGAGAGCAUGGGUGCUGUGAGUGAGCCCCCGUCAGAGGGUUCCCCUGGAGGUUUCAUGCCCCAGCCCUACACCGAAGCUGACCCUGAGCCCUACCACACCCUGCCUGACUCCCACCACCCUGCUGUUCACUACCUCGACCCCUCCACACACGACUUCUACAGUCUCCACGACAAGUAUCGUCUGUCCUAUUUCAAGUACCCUCAGCCCACUCCCACCCACAGGUACACGCACGAGUACCCUGAUGGCUAUUCUACGCCACACUACGACCCACAGUUCCAGACCGUACCACAAGCGCUACCAGAGCCAUGGGCGAGCGCGGCGGCACAAGGACAUGACCUCUCACAGAUUAACAGUGGCGUCGGUGGGCCAAAUUUGGCUCACUACCUACCCACUCGCCCAGAUGUGGUGACUCCAGACACUAAGCCGCCUCCUGGCCUCCUGGGUCCCAGCUCUGCGACGCUGGGAUACCAGACAGGUAAUGGUGGCCCUUGUUUCACCGGUUCUGGACCUAUCCAGCUGUGGCAGUUCCUCUUGGAGCUACUCACAGACAAGAAGCAGCAGCAGCACAUCUCUUGGACAGGUGAUGGCUGGGAGUUUAAAUUAAC